CUAUUUUGUUAACUGGGCUAUUUUGUGAUUAACUUCCUAGUCGGGAAAUGCAAAGUUGACAGCACAGAUCACAAAGGUUAUGGGAGCCUGAAUGUUUUGUUUGUUGUUCCCAACAAAAUUAAAUUAAUUUUGCACUUUAAUGUCGGAAUCUGACGAAGACACUGAGCAGUUUUGCUUUUAUGGAAAACCACUCGAUCCAUACGAUGAAGAUGCAGUACCUAGAAAGCGACCGAUUACCGUGGAAGAACAAAUCGCUACAGAUGCUCAGGGAAGACGAAGGUUUCACGGAGCUUUUACAGGCGGAUUUUCUGCAGGAUUUUUCAAUACUGUUGGAUCUUUGGAAGGUUGGCUGCCCAGUGAAUUCAAAAGCUCCCGAGCCGAAAAGUCUGAAAAGAUACAUCAAAGACCCGAGGACUAUAUGGAUGACGAAGACUUGGGAGAAGAUGGAAUUGCACCUCAAGUUGUCCGAGCUACUGAUGAUUAUAACACUAGUCGAAAACGAAAGAAACAAAUAUUUGCUGAUGGACCGAUUCCUGGAGAGCCCGUGUUACAUAAUAUUAUAACAAGUGGCAAUGAAACGAUUGGAUACAUGCUGCUGAAGAAUUUGCGCAUUAAAGAUAGACGAAGUAAAAAAGUGGAAGCGCCUACAGAAAAAUCAUAUGGAUGCCAGAUGCCUAAGAUAGAUGAAACUGUGAAUUUUAAUGAUAGUAAUCAGUAUGAGAUACCGGCAAUCUACAAAGAGUUCUUGGCGAAGCCGAAAAAUAACACAUUUGGAUUGGGUUACUCAGGCUUGGACAAAAGCCAUUUUAGCCUGUUCCCUGCGGAAAAUAAAACUCAGUUUAAAGUAACAGAUAGAAACAACAAAAAACUUUCGAUAGCAGGUCAAGCAUUUGGGGUGGGAGCUUUUGAAAACGAAGACGAUGAUAUUUAUAUGAAAGAAGAUAUGUCAAAGUAUGAUUUUGAAUUAGCAGCUGAAAAGGAGAAAGUCCAGAAUAAAGCAGACAGCAGCAAACUAGUGUUGGGUGUAUUUGAACGAUCAAAACUAACACCGUUUUUAAAAAACGACACAAAGUAUCCUCCUCCUUCCAUACCGCAUAGUUUUACUGGGAAGCAUAAAGUGAGGAGGUCGAGGUUUGAGCCUAUUGUCGAAGAAGCGCCAAAACCUGGCAGACUCAAUCCUGCUAUAAGAGCCAAAUAUUUAGGUGAAAACUGCGAUAACGAGUAUACUCCAUCACGGGUUUUAUCGACGCCAAAGCAAAACACUCACAAGAAGCAAGAAGUGGCGGACAUCAUUCCAAAGCAAGAAACUUCGACUUCAGUUAGUAGUUCUUUGGACUGUUACUUGAGUGAUAAAUUUGUUUCAUCGUCCAAGAAAGAAGACGUUAAUAAUAUUCUACAGGUAGCAGAAAAGCUGGAAGAGAAAACAGCUUAUGGGACGGAUCAAAUGCGUGAAGCAGUCCGAAUGAAAAUGUUUGGACCAUUGACCAGAACGACAAUUGAUUGGACGCCUUGCGGCUUGUUAUGUAAGAGGUUUAAUGUGCCAGAACCUUUUGCGGACCGACCACAGAAAUCUAGAACUCGCACAAAAAAUAUUAUAUUUGAAUAUCAAAAACACGUUGAGGAGCUCAAUUUGCAACCAGGGCUAAAUAAAGAAGACACUGUAACUGAAACGGAUCAACCCAGUAAUGAAGGCAAUUCACUAAUCAAAGAUGAAAGUGCAAACUCCAAUCAAAGUAAAGAAAAUAAUGAAGUUAAAAAUGAAGAGGCUGAAUCAAGCAAACUUCCUAGACCAAAAGAUGUUACAGAGAAAAUUGGUUUAGAGACGCAGCAGGAUUUGUUCAAAGCGAUAUUUAUGAGUAGCGAUAGUGAAUCUGAAAACGACGACGAAGUCGAGAAGUCCACAACCGGCUCAGAUGAAACUCAAGAAAAUAUCCGAAAAGAAGAACUGAAAUCAACAGUUUUAUCCGAUCAGUUGAUACCGAAAAUAAAGCCAUUAAAAGAGGGCAUUUUAUCUGGAAUCAGUUUUCAUCAGUUCGUAAAGCCUGAACCGAAACAACAAGAGAUUGAAUCACAGUCCGAACAUACCCAAUCAGAUCAGCCAGAAGAAAACAACGUUGGUAGCUACGGACCGAAGAUUCCUGAUCGGCUAUUGGUUCCCGAAAAAACUGAAACAACUGUGAUAUCAAGCGAUAGUGAAGAAGACUGGGUCGAGAAAGACGACAGCCAUAACAAUAAGAAAAAGAAACAUAAAAAACAUAAGAGUAAACACAAGAAGCAUAAGCAUGAAAAGAAAAAGAAAUCACAUAAAUCACAAGUCUAAUUAUCUUUAAAAUGUUGAACAUACGUAUAGUAUUAAGUGAAUACAGUCAAAUUGUUUUUGCCCCACUCGGGAAUAAAAGCUGAUAUUUUGUUUCGGCCCUUGCCCAUUUUAUGAAUUAUAUGUAACGGAAAUCCUUAAAUAAUAAAAUAAUUAUAAAUAUGCAUGUAACUUUUAUGACAGUGUUGAUAGACUAAUGAAAACUGUUAAAUCAAGUUCUUCAGCGGUUCACGUGCACUUAGCACUUAAGCACACUUAAUUUCAUUCAGUUAUCCAGAAAUAUGUUAGUUUGGAUUAGUUAUCUCCCAAAUAAUGUUCUGAAAGUUUAAGAGAGUUCUGAAAGAAAGGUAAUUAAAAAUAUAGUGCAAAACUCUAUAUUCAGCUAAAAUGGUUAGCGAUUGUUGGCUUACAUGUACAACAUAAGUCUUACAUAAGUCACUAAUAAUAUAUGCAGAAUACUUUGUGAAACGGUA